UUGUGGAUCUGAAGGGAGAUAAAUGUUUUUAGAGUUUAAUCGGAACUGUUAGGGUUCAAUGAGUUUGUGGAGAAGCUUCGAUUGGGUGUGAUGAGCUAGAGAUGGAGUCGAUACUUUCUUGGGCUUUGGAGUAUACGCUCAAGUACUGGUUGAAAUCUUUCUCCAGAGAUCAGUUCAAGUUUCAGGGUGGAACCGUUCAGCUUUCGAAUUUAGAUAUAAAUGGAGAUGCUUUGCAUGCUAGUGUUGGAUUGCCACCGGCUUUGAAUGUGACAAUAGCGAAGGUUGGGAAGCUUGAGAUAAAGAUUCCGUCGGUCAGUAAUGUACAGACGGAACCGAUCAUUGUUCAAAUUGAUAAACUCGAUUUGGUUCUGGAGGAAAGCUCGGAUUCUAAUGCUGGAAAGAGCUCAAGCAGUACUCAAUCAUCCUCUAGCUCAGGAAAGGGCGGCGGCUAUGGAUUUGCUGAUAAGAUUGCGGAUGGAAUGACUUUAGAAGUGGGCACCGUCAAUCUUUUGCUUGAAACUCGAGGGGGUGGUCAUAGCCAAGGGGGUGCAACUUGGGCAUCACCUCUAGCAUCUAUCACAAUACGCAACCUUUUUCUGUAUACAACAAAUGAGAAUUGGAAGGUUGUUAAUCUUAAAGAUGCGAGGGAUUUUUCCAAUAACAAAAAGUUCAUAUAUGUGUUCAAAAAACUGGAAUGGGAGUCAUUAUCUGUCGAUCUUCUACCUCACCCUGAUAUGUUCACGGAUGUUCAUUCAUAUUCUAGUGAUGGAAGAAGCAGACAAGAUGAUGAUGGUGCAAAGCGAGUGUUUUUUGGUGGUGAAAGGUUUCUCGAAGGAAUAUCUGGAGAGGCUAAUAUCACAGUUCAAAGGACGGAACUAAACACUCCAUUAGGGCUGGAGGUUCAAUUGCAUAUUCCAGAGGCCGUUUGUCCUGCUUUAAGUGAACCAGGACUUCGUGCUCUAUUGCGAUUCCUGACGGGAUUAUAUGUGUGUCUAAAUAGAGGAGAUGUGGACCCAGAGGCACAACAGAGGUGUACAGAAGCAGCAGGACGUUCCAUCGUUUCCAUAGUUAUAGAUCAUAUAUUUCUUUGCAUAAAAGAUGCAGAGUUCCAGCUCGAGCUUCUGAUGCAAUCACUUCUUUUUUCUCGGGUGAGUUUAUCAGAUGGAGAAAAUACAAAAAAUUUGUCCCGAAUUAUGAUUGGUGGAGCAUUUUUGAGGGACACCUUUUCUCAUCCUCCAUGCACCUUAGUGCAGCCAUCCAUGCAGGCUGUUCCGGAAGAUCCUCCGCAUGUUCCUGAAUUUGGUGUUGAUUUUUGCCCUCCAAUCUAUCCUUUCGGAGACCAGCAGUGGCAUUCGUUUGAAAUUGUUCCUCUACUAUGCCUACAUACUCUUCAGAUCAAACCCUCACCAGCUCCUCCAUCUUUUGCUUCACAAACAAUGAUGGAGUGUCAGCCCCUUCUGGUUAAUCUUCAGGAGGUAUCCUGUUUGAGGAUUGCCUCAUUCUUAGCUGAUGGUAUCGUGGUCAAUCCUGGCACUGUUUUACCAGAUUUCUCUGUUAAUUCUCUUGCAUUCACUCUCAAAGAAUUAGAUCUCACUGUUCCUUUGGAUGCUGGGAAUUCUGAGAAUUGUGCGGUUGACAGCAGCAAUGAAUUGCAGAGAACUUUUGAUGGAGCAAGGCUUCACAUUGAGAACUUAUUCUUCACAGAGUCUCCUAAGGUAAAGCCCAGGCUUCUGAACCUGGAGAAAGAUCCUGCUUGCUUCUGUCUCUGGGAUGAUCAACCAAUAGAUGCCAGCCAGAAGAAAUGGACAAGUCGAGCUUCACAUGUUAACCUGUCUCUUCAUACCUGCAGUGGCUUAACAACUCGUCAAAGUUCCUUUGAUUGGUCUGCAGAUCUGUGGAGAUGUGUUGAACUGCAUGAUGCUUGUGUCGAAGUGGCUAUGGCAACUGCUGAUGGAAGUCCAUUGAUAUCUGUUCCCCCACCAGGAGGUGUUGUCAGGAUUGGAGUUGCUUGCCAACAAUACUUAUCCAACACCUCAGUUGAGCAGCUGUUCUUUGUUCUAAAUCUGUAUGCCUACUUUGGUAGAGUUAGUGAAAAGAUAGCAAUAGUUGGAAAGAAUAACAGAGACAAGGGAACUAAAAAGGAAUCCUUGGGUGGAAGGCUGAUGGAAAAGGUCCCAAGUGAUACAGCUGUGAGUUUAACAGUGAAGGACCUCCAGCUUAGAUUUCUAGAAUCUUCCUCCCUGGAUAUGCAAGGGAUGCCUUUGGUUCAGUUCCUUGGGGACAAUCUGUUUAUAAAAGUUGCUCAUCGAACCCUAGGUGGUGCCAUGGCAGUUUCAUCCAGCAUUAUUUGGCAGGGUGUUCAGGUUGAUUGUGUAGAUGCGGAGAGAAACCUGACCCAUGAGAAUGACAUGGCAAUGACUUCAAUUGAACAUGGUCAAUUGGUUACUGGGAAUGGGAACCCACAACUGAGAACCGUGUUUUGGAUUGAUACCAGAAGCAAGCAUCAGCCAAAUGGCCUUGUGCAGACAAUUCCAUUUGUGGACAUAAACAUGGUGCAUGUGAUCCCAUAUGAUGCUCGAGACAUGGAGUGCCAUAGUUUGCACUUGUCUGCAAAGGUUGCUGGUGUUCGCCUUGGUGGUGGAAUGAACUACUCUGAAGCUUUGCUGCAUCGUUUUGGUAUACUUGGGCCUGAUGGUGGUCCUAGUGAGGGGCUUUCUAAAUGGUUGAAGAAUUUAUCUGCCGGACCAUUGUCAAAGCUUUUCAGAGCAUCACAUCUUAUUGAGGAUGAUCAGGAACAGAAUGAAAAUUCUAAGGAUGAAGUGCAUGGGAGUUUAUUGGAUUUGGGAAAGCCAGAUGUAGACAUAUCCAUAGAAUUGAAAGAUUGGUUAUUUGCUCUUGAAGGUGCCCAGGAGAUGUCAGAAAGGUGGUGGUUUUGCAACAAUGAGGAUGUUGGCAGAGAAGAGAGGUGUUGGCACACAACUUUCCAUAGUUUGCAAGUGAAAGCAAAAAGUAGUCCAAAACAGGGUACAAAUAGCAGAGGAGAAUCAAAUGGGAUACAUAAAUAUCCUGUUGAGUUGGUCACGGUCGGUGUGGAGGGCUUGCAGGCCUUGAAGCCCCAAGCCCGGAAAGAAACCUUUCAAACUGGAGUCUUAUCUGGUGGGACCAAGAAGACUGUUGGGAACACUGGAGGAGUGGAUCUGGAAGUCCGCUUGGUUGUCUCUGAGGAUAAUGAUAACAUUGAAAUGGUCCAGUGGAUGGUUGAAAACAUGAAGUUUUCUGUUAAACAGCCGAUUGAGGCAGUUGCAACCAAGGAGGAGCUGCAACACCUAGCCUUGCUGUGCAAGUCUGAAGUUGAUUCUAUGGGUCGAAUAGCUGCUGGAAUUCUGCGGGUACUUAAACUUGAAGGAUCUGUUGGCCAGGCGGCCCUAGAUCAGCUUAGCAACCUUGGAAGUGAGGGCUUGGAGAAUAUUUUCACUCCAGAAAAGCUCAGCAGGCAAAAUAGUACUGGCGUUCUUGCACUCAGCCAGUCUCCAAAGAUGAUAGGUGGCAGCCCACGUCAGAGCUUGGAAUCAACAGUUGCUUCCCUUGAGACAGCAAUCUCAGAUUCACAGGCCAAAUGCUCAACCCUCAUUGCUGAAUUUCAUAGUCCAGAAUUUUCCAUACAACAGAGACAUCUUUUAGAUAUUAAACAAAUUAACGAGAAACUUGAAAGCAUGCAAGCUUUAUUGAUGCAGUUGCGGACUCAACUUUAAGUGGAUUUUUGUUGCCCGCAGAUGUAACUUGGUUGGACUAAUUUGCCAACCGCAGAUUUUGGUAUUCUUUAUUGUAUAUACACAACAUAGAUAAAGAAAAAAACACAGGUUGAGUAUGUAAGGGGUAAAAUAUUUCCAUAACAAAAGGCAGAAAUGAAAUUGACUUCUGUUGCUCUCCGAAAAUUCUGUAUCCUGAAAGAUUAGGGGCCUCAUGUAUGAUUUAGACUUAAUAAGAAUGAAUAUAUUCUGUGCUUUGUGUU